AUGAAGAAUAGAGAAUCUAUACAUUUUCUUGGUACUUGGUAUGAAAUUGAAAGAACUCCGAAUCAAAAUGAAAUCAAUCAAAAAUGUUCAAUAAUUGGCUACAAAUUAAUUCCAAAUCUACCACUAAUUGCUUUUAUUCUUUCAAAAGAUAAAACAACUGGAGAGAUUAGUAGAUUACCUGCAUCAGAUACUCCAUUAGGACAACAUUUAGCCAGAUGGGAUUUUCGUUACCCAGCAAAUCUCCAAGAAAGUAAUGGUAUUACUUCAAUUUUAGAUACUGAUUAUGUUAAUUAUGCGAUUAAGACUUUGGUUCAACAAAAAAAAGAUAGAAAUUCUGGAUAUAUGUUAACUGUGUGGAUACUCUCGAGAGAAAAAACGAUUUCAAAAGAUAAUUAUAACAGGGCUAUGGAUGUUUUGCGUAGUAACAAUAUUUCACCGAAUGAAUUGCAACAAGUCGAUCAACUGGGUUGUGACAAUAUUUUAAGAAAUUAUUGUUACUAA